AUGUAGCGUCAUCCUUUCCUCAUGUAGAGCCUAACGGCGGCCUUUCUUCGCUGCUCUUCAUUUGCCGCGAUCUUACCGCUCCGACCCCGGUUUUUCAGCUUUUAAUUCCUCAACUAUGACACGAAAGUUUCUGUUUAUGUUUGCCGCGUGGCUACUUGUGGCCGCUCUGAGUCUGGAGGUUUCAGCGGAUGGUUUAGUGAACGUAGACGUAAAGAGGACAGUAGACCUGAGCACUCAUCUGGCUAAGAUCACUGCCGACAUUGUGCUGUCCAACCAGGGACAGUCCUCCGUUCAGAGCUUCAUAUUAGCAGUGGAGGCAGGCUUGGCUCCGCACCUGGCAUAUAUCGGAGCCACGGUGAAGGGUGAUGAAGAGGAGGAUGGCACCCUUGAGCUGGAGCAGACAACAAUUCGGGGCCAGAGCGGGGAGUUCUACAAAGUGCAGCUGCCCUCCAGUCUGGCUGCUGGUGCUCAACUCAAAGCAAAGGUGGAGAUGACAUUUAGCCACGUCCUGAAGCCUUUCCCCACACAGAUCAGCCAGGCUGAACGUCAGCUGGUGAUUUUCCAAGGGAACCACUACUGGUUCUCCCCAUACCCCACUCGAAGCCAGACCACACGUGUCCGCCUUGCAUCCAAGACUGUGGAAAACUACACCAAGCUGGGGAACCCCAGCAAGACUGAUGAGAUCAUCGAGUACGGACCCUUUAAAGAUGUCGCUCCUUUCAGCGAAGAUGCAAUGAAGAUCCAUUAUGAAAACAACACACCCUUCCUCACCAUCACCAGCAUCACCAGGACCAUUGAAGUGUCUCACUGGGGAAACAUCGCUGUAGAGGAAACCAUUGAUUUGAGGCACACAGGAGCUGUUCUGAAGGGGCCCUUCUCACGAUACGAUUACCAGCGGCAGUCGGACAGCGGAAUCUCAUCCGUCAAGUCCUUCAAGACCAUCCUCCCCGCCUCGGCUCAAGAUGUGUACUACCGUGACGAGAUCGGCAACAUCUCCACCUCCCACCUGCAGGUUCUGGAUGACUCUGUGGAGGUGGAGGUCAGGCCACGCUUCCCUUUGUUUGGAGGCUGGAAGACCCACUACAUCAUCGGCUACAAUCUGCCAAGCUAUGAAUACCUCUACACCCUGGGUGACCAGUAUGCUCUGAAAAUGAGAUUAGUUGAUCACGUGUACGACGACCAGGUCAUUGAUGACCUGACUGUGAAAAUUAUUCUCCCCGAAGGCUCCAAAAACAUCCACGUGGAGACUCCUUACAAAAUCGAUCGCCUGCCAAACCAGCUGCAUUACACCUACCUGGAUACCUUUGGCCGACCCGUGUUGGUGGCCUCGAAGAGAAACCUGGUUGAGCAUCACAUUCAGGAUUUUGUGGUUCAUUACAACUUUAAUAAGAUCCUGAUGCUGCAGGAGCCGCUCUUGGUUGUGGGAGCCUUCUACAUACUUUUCUUCACUGUGAUCAUCUACGUGCGUCUGGACUUUGCCAUCACGAAGGAUCCUGCUGCCGAGGUGCGAAUGAAGGUGGCCUCCAUCACUGAGCAGGUGCUCACCCUGGUUAACAAACGCCUGGGUCUGUACCGACACAUGGACGAGGUAGUGAACCGCUACAAACAGUCCCGCGAUACUGGAGCGCUCAACAGCGGUCGAAAGACUCUGGAAUCCGAUCAUCGCCAGCUCACUAAUGAAAUCAGCUCACUGCAGGCCCGCCUCAAAACCGAGGGCUCGGACUUGGCCGAGAAAGUGGGGGAGAUUCAGAAGCUGGACAGCCAGGUGAAGGAGCUGGUGUGCCGCUCCUGCUCGGAGGCGGAGCGUCUGGUGGCGGGUAAAGUCAAGAAGGAGGCUUACAUCGAGAGCGAGAAGAAUCUGAACAGCAAGAGACAGGAGCUCAUCGGCCGUGUGGACAGUCUGUUGGAUGCCCUCUAAACGGCUCUAACACACAGGAUCUCUCUCUCUCUCUCUCACACACACACACACACACACACACACACACACACACACACACACACACACACACACCCUUCUGUCAUCAUUCAUCCGUAUGACUACAAAAGAGAAUGUGACACAGUUUAUAUAUAUAAAACAAACAUCUUUGCAUUUGGGCGUGAACCGUUACAUCCGGCUUCCUCUGGACUCGUGCGUUUGCGCCCCGUGAUAAACUUGUGCUCACUGAGUGUUCGGCUCCAAAGCAGCUACGUCACAACUUUUGCUUUUAUUAUUUUUAUCUGAGCUUCUUCACACUUUCAUCCAUCUGGCUCAGAUUUUUAAUCUUUUCCUGUUUGCAUCAGGAUUAUUUCUGUACCGUUGGUUUUGCUUGGUGAGGGUUCUGAUUCUGACCUGAGUGGUUAUCGAGCCAAAGCGUUCUCCUGUCUCUACUCGCACACAUACUGUAUUCCAAAACAAAAUUACUUCUGGAUUGUAAGUUUUUUUUUCUACUUGCCCUUGACUGACCUUUGUACUUGAGGCUCUGAUUGUGCGUCAUUGUCUGCACUCGUUUUUGAUGGACCCAGUCAUCUUUUCUAUAUUUUGUAUAAUUUAGGUGUUUGUUUUCUUUUGACUGUGAGAUUAAAGUCUAAAAGAGAUUAGACUGUGAGAGAGGAAAGUCAUGGAUGGUGCAAAAGAGCAAUGGUGUGGAUUUAUGUCAAAUUUGGAAUAAAGUUUUGAGAAAGUCA